AUGAGACGCUGGACUCUCCGGCCCAGCCGAGUGUCCAGUGUGGGCUCUUUCCUUGCUGGGAUCUCGGAUCUGGUGGUCAGCGAGCUUUGUCUCCUGUCACAGAGCACACAGAGAGAUGCCUUGAUCAGGACGCGUGGGAGACCAGGCUGCUCCAGAAAGCCCUCUGCUGUUGUGUGUGAUCCCUUCUCCCUUCAUCUUUCUCAGUUUUCCAGCCAGUCAUUGCUGGCCAUCGAGGAUGUCCACUGGCUGGAGGAAUUCACACUGGCCAUCCUGGAGAGGAUACAGGAUGGCAGGGAUGAGGAAGAGCAGAAGGCUUUCCUGUACAGAUUAUUUGGCUUCACCCUGCGGACCUCAAGGAAUCUGAAACUGGUACAGAAGAUGCUGCCUGCCAUGCUAAACACCUCCCAAGAGGAGCCGGAAGAGAGGGAGGGCAUCGCCAAGGCACUAGCUGUUGUGUCCCUGGAACACCUGACGGUGGUUCUGGAUGAACUGGAAGUGUACGGCACUAAACUCACUGACAGGGACACGUCGUCCAUCCUCAAACUGGCCCAGGUGACAGCAUCCUGGGAGUGCAGCCAGCAUUCCGCACAGGGCCUGAGGGCUCCCCUCACCACAGCCCCUGCACUUCUCUGA